AUGGAUGAAAAGAAACCAGUAUUUCAUUUAGAUCAGGAUAUUCAAAACAAAUUGAAGAAGAAGCUAGGUCCCGAGUUUGUAUCUAAGAGAAUAGGGUUUGGAAAGAAUAAGGUUGCUUACGUUGAAGGUUGGAAAGUUAUUAAUUUGGCCAAUCAAAUUUUUGGGUACAAUGGGUGGUCUACUGAUGUCAAAAGUGUCACAGUUGAUUUCCUCGAUGAAAGACAGGGAAAAUAUUCAAUUGGUUGUUCUGCAAUUAUCCGUGUUUCCUUAGCAAAUGGGUCAUAUAGGGAGGAUGUAGGUUAUGGUACUUCUGAGAAUGAACGUAGAAAAGGUGUUGCGUUUGAAAACGCUAAAAAGACUGCUGUCACUGAUGCAUUAAAGAGAGCGAUGAGAUGUUAUGGUAAUGCAUUGGGUAAUUGUUUCUAUGAUAAGGAUUUUUUGAGUAAAAUAGACAAAAUGAAAUAUGAUCCUCCAGACAUCGAAGAGGCAAAUCUAUAUAGAGCAUCAGAUGAGUAUCCAGAAAGAUCUAGGGCCACUACAAAGGAAGUACCAGAUGAAAAUAUUGAUCAGCCAAACAAGAGAAGGCAGCUAACUAAAAUAGAAGGACCCAAUGAAUCAAGUAAUGCGAAUAUGCCUGUACGGGCGAACAAUAAAGUAACAGCAGCAAUAUCAACACCUGUAGCUAUCCAGACUAAGAACACGCAUCCAAUAAAUAUCCCAAUAGAUGGGAAUUUAAAUUCUACAAAUGACGCAAAUGCCAACCUUGAUUUGGACCAUGAGGAUCUUUUAGAUGAUUCUUUCACUAUGAGUGAUGAUUUUCAAGAUGAGGAUCUGUUAAACAUGAGUAACUCUCGUGUCGAAGCGAAACUUGUUCCUCAAGAAAGUACAGAUGGUAAAGAUUUGAACCCUAUAGGAUUCGUAACGGCAAAGGGUGCCAUAUCUGUCCAAAAGAAUAAGGACGUUAUACCUUCUGAUAACGUAUUUGAUCCUAAAUAUCAGGCUCGUUCAAUCAAACAUACUAUUGACCAAACAACAUCCAAACAUGUACCAGUGGCUGGUGCAAAUCAAAAAAAACAAUCAGGAUCAAGAGAUUCGGUAUAUGAGAAAUUUGCUGCAAAAGGUAAACAAUUAGAAAUUACAGAAUCUGCAUCGACCAAAACAUCAGAUACUGCAGACGCAUCUCCUAGGACCUCUGUAACUGCAUCCGAGACGAACAUAAAUUCAGGUGUUUCAUCGGAGCUCGACAAACCGCUAAUAGGAAAUAAUAAUAAUAUUCCCGAACAACAGAAACAAAGUGAGUCAGUAACGCCAAAAUUUGCACCUCCCUCAAAGGUUGUUCACCCAAAUAAUUACGUACUUGCUCCAAAUUCAGUAAGAUCUUCAAGACGAGAGGUAGGGAGACCAAAAGUAAAUCCGCUCCACUUGAAAAGAACAAACCCAUAG